GAUAUUAAUCGGAGUAAUUCAUAUAUCACAACCAAUAGGGCGUUUUGAAAGCUGUAAAGUUGCUUAUUACUCGAGAUAUAGAACGGAGCUAGGCUGAAUGUCUGAGAUAAAGAAGCUAAAUACUUGUUCAUAAUCCCAUACGAAAGAAAAAAAAAAAGGUUCACCCACACAAACGACCAUAUGACGCAUACUUGUGUAUUUCCCUGUGUCUGCACGCGGCGCGCACACACGCGCGGGCGAGUUCACCGCCAUUCAUUCUCGUCGGCAGAUGGCGGAUGCAGUAGACGCCCUCCGCUCCGACCGUCAGUCGCGCAUAGACAACCGACCGAGCACAGUGUUUUCGCUCAGCACCAUUUUGUGUGUAUCGUUUCGAACGGGACAUUGUGUGUAUGUGCUCCGUGAAUAAUCGAAUAGCACGAACUACCAAAGUGUCGAGUCGAAUACAGUGUUUCUCUUGCGAUAUGCCCCCGCGGGGUUCGAUGAGAUAUCUCGGGCGCCCGUAGAAACCGUCAUGAGCCAGUGAUCGUCGAGCGAGCGACGUAAAAAAAGUUAACACAGGAAACAUGUCUCGGCGGUCCGCCGACGCGGAUGCGAGCGAAGGGUUCGAAAUUCGAAAGCGGUCAUGUCAUCGCCUCUCGGAUUUCGUAUAAGUCACCGUCCAAUGUCAAAAUCGUGCACGUACCGCGAGCGCCGAUACGGGAGCCGCGUACCCUCCGGAGCGUGCGGAAAAUGCAAUCGUUGAUAGUUUGGUGGGCGGUGGUGUCGGCGGCCUGGGCGCUGGCGGGCGCGUGCUCGAGCUCCAUCUCCAAGCGGCCGGCGCGGCCUGCGCGGCCCGUCGCCGCCGCGCCCGCCCGCCCGCCGCCGCAGCCGCGGCUCAACGUCACCUUCCCCACCUUCCCGUGCGAGCCCGACUACUCCGAGUACUACUGCCUCAACGGCGGCGUGUGCUUCACCGUGGUCAUCUCGGACAGCCCCAUCUACAACUGCGAGUGCCGCAGCGGGUUCGUGGGGCAGCGCUGCGAGUUCAAGGACCUGGACGACUCGUACGUGCUGACGAGCCGGCAGCUGAUGAUGGAGACGGCGUCCAUCGCCGGCGGCGCCACGGUGGCGGUGUUCCUCGCCAUUCUAGUCUGCUUCGGCGCGUGGGUGCGGCUGCGGAGGCGCGCGCCCGCGCCCAAGACGCCCGAGAGCGGGCUGCCGGCGCGCGUGCAGCUCGUGGCGCUGGCGCCGCCCGGCCGGCCCGCCGUCACCGCCGCCGCCCUGCACCCGCCCGACCCGCGCUGAUGGACGCUAGUGCGCUUAUGUGUUAAGUUAUGUGGAUCGAACGAGAAUAUAAGAAAAUUUAUGUGAUAAUUAUUUUACGAAGCUUAUAAUUUAUUCGGAAGGAAUCUCUUUUGUAUAUACCGGAUCCGUCAAUCGUCGCGUCGAUAAAUUCAGUGUUCAGAGUGUUGUGGAUGGUACCUGUGUCGUCGUGUGCGGGGAACCGGCGGGCCUGGAGCCCUCCACGCUCCCGGCCUCCUGGAUGUUGCGGAUCCCCGUUCACUGUAUUUAUUAGUCCUCCGUUGUAUCUGAAUAGAUUGUGAUGAAGUGGAAGGUGUGAGGCGGGGAAGGCCCCGGACGCACAUUCCAUCUCGAGGAUAGUGUAUGUUACUGGUGUCAGUAUUAUUUUGUAAUGAGUGUUAAGCCGGCAGCUUUACUUUAUUUUAUAAUUUAUACCUGUUAUCCCGCUGGGAUAGUGCUGUAUUAUAUUCGUUUAAAGGCUGAGAUGUGGCCCGGAAGGUAGGCUUCUUGUAAAUAUAGCCCGCAUAGGUAUUUAUUAGAUAUUUAUGAUCGUUUAUUUAUUGACUGCUUUAUUUAGUUAUCUCCGAGAUGAGCCACUGUAAGCCUAACUCGACAUAACGGUUGCAUUUUCAUUUCACCUGCUACGCAUGGCCUCGCAAAUCACUUAUUCCCAAUUGUAAUCUCAUUAUGAAUCUCCUCCUGUCUUGGUAUUUUGUAAAAAAUAAAAUAACAUUGGAUGGUGUAUAAAAUGGUCGCUCUGCAGUCUAACCAGCCAUAUUGUUAAGUUUCCUUGUAUUGUAGUGUAGCUGCUGUCAAAACAACAGAAUAGACUCAGACCAAGUUGGCAGCGAUUUUGAUAGCCCAGCCUGUGCAAGUGUUAAGUAAACAUUAUAAUUUCAUAGAAGUUUGCCAUUUAAAAUAACACUUGGUCUGCCACAAUCACUGCCAACUUAUCUUGGUCUGACACAGUUCAGUGUACAGAUGACAUGAGUGGAUGAAGGCAUAUGUUUAACAAGUUAGUUGUUCUUCUAUAUUUAACCUUUAUAAUUAUCUAAACAAAAAAAUUGGAAAGCAAGAAAUGCAACAUGAUACCUUUAUUCGCUUGUAUCUUCUAAACUAAAUAUGAACCAAAGGCAAUGUAACAUGGAGUAAAGUAAUAUACAGCCACAGUAGGCACGGCACGGCAUGUAAGGAAGGUUGUCUGUUUAUUUUUAACUCUGUUUAGCCCCAGCUGUGCGAGAGGCUGUUUAGACUGCAUGGGACUCAAAAAAAUAGCAAAUUAGUUAACGGGCUGUGCGGCGCGGGCGGAGCGCCGGAGCCCGGGCCCGUGGGGCCUGGACCCCCGGGGCCCGCGGCGGAGCCCCCAGGGGCCCCGGCGACCCGUCCGCGUCCCACGCGGCAUUCAUCAUGAGAUUGUUUAUAUAUUAUGAACAUUCCAAAGUAUUUGUAAAAUAUUACGUACAUCGCUAAUAAUUUCGAAGUAUCUGUUAAGACGCUACAUUGUUAAUUAUACAGUUUUCUAUUGAUCAUUUGUUAAAAGAAAAUUAUACGAAACUAAAUCCUUA